AUGGAUCAGAGGAUUUCAAUACGCAGGCGAGAAAUGGAUCCCAAGAUGCUUAACUGUACCGAUAAAAAUCGGUUCCAGAUGCUACACGCGAGUAGUGAUGUAGAACAUGAACAAAAUCAUACGUUUUUGAAAGUGAGUCCCGCUCUUUUCACGCAGGAUAAACUGCCGUUGUUCGAUUCUUUAGACUUAUACACUUCGUUGAUCAAAUGUAGCAAAUUCAUGGAGCAAGGAGAACGGCUGCAUAACCUUAGUUGGAGGAUCAUUAAUAAGUCGUUGUUGAAAGAUCAGAAUAUCAACAAGUCAAAGAGACGGGAUGGUGUACGGAACCUAUAUCACGUUAUUAAUCCUAUAAAGCAAACGCACUUAUUCCCACAACUGCAGCAACAGCUGCAGAAACCAAAAGCUGUGACACCGGCGUCACCAAAGACUCCAACUACAAUGGUAACUGCAGCUUCCACCUCGGCGACAUCGUCCGGUUCAUCAUCUGCGCUGUUGACACCAAUCUCUAGUGGGGCCUCGAUACCGAAAUCGACUGCUAAUACGCAUAUUACGUCAACAAGACCUCAUAUCUCAAUUUCGAAGAAACUGAUAUCACCUGUGUGUUCUUCACCUGAACCUCUACCGACGAAAAUGGAGGUUCCAUCAAGGUCCCAGGCAAACACCCCUGAUCUACGGAAAGAUUUGGCAAAGAAGAAAUUCGCUAUUUCUCCUGAAUUGGUCAAUGUACCGAAGAACCAUCAACAACAAUUACCUUUACCACCAUCAUCAUCAGAACCCCCGGUGUCAAAUCAUGUGCCUUUAUCGGAAACAAAGUCAAAUGCUCACUCACAGACUUCUUUGUUCAGUAGAAACCCAUCUAGUAAAUCAUUAUUUGCGAAAAAUCAACCUACUCCAUUCACCCCGGCCAAUGGAUCUACUAAUUCAUCUGCCAAUGGAUCUGCUGAAAACCUCAAAUCAAAUGAGAUGAAUCAUUCCUCGAGAACGUCAUCAGUUGCCAACAAUAUCGCUCAUACAUCUAGUAAUGGCACCAAAUCUGGAACGUCUGGUACUAUAAGUAAUGCAGCGCAUGUGCAUGCCGGACAAGAUCACAAGAAUAUGUUCUUUAGUAGUGAGGACGAAGAAUCUGAUUGGGACUCUCUUUCAGAUGAUAGUGAGAUAUACGAUGAAGAAGAAGAUAAUGAUCAAUAUUAUGAAAACCAAUGGGAUAAGCUGAUGUUCUCAAAGACACACCAAAACAAUAAUGUUCAUCAAGUGCCUUCAAAAGAAUCCGGAGAGAAGAAAAGUUUGUUGUCUGGUCUAUUCAUGCAAGAGAAACAAACCAAGUCACAAGUUGAUCCAGAGGAUAAAGCAUACACUACAACCAAUGAGGAUUUGCUCAAAAGACCACUAUAUGUUUCUGAAGCAACAUCUUCAGCAAAGGCUGUUGAGAAACCUGUCUUAAAGUCUUUGGAUAAACAAUCGGAAAAGCCUCUGAGAAAGAAGACCGAUCAAAAUUGCAUAUUACAUCAGAAUCCAACAGGAAUUCAAAUACCGCCUCAACCUGUUGCUCCAGAAACUACGGAAAUAGUUGCUGUGGGCUCUGUGACACCAUCAAGUUCGUGGCAGAACAAACCUCUUUUGGAUCAUCAAAAGCCAAUUCCUGUCGCAUUUGAGCGUUCCAGAAGACUCGGCUCUUUUAGUAGUAUCGUAAGCGAUACUACUAGAGAACGGUAUUAUCAUGAAUCGAAUGCACCUCCGGCUGCUCAGACCAUUUUACCUACUGCUCUUUCUACCCAUAUGUUUUUGCCUAAUAACGUCCACCAACAAAGGAUGGCAUUACGUGGAGGAAGUCUUCAAUCAGAUUUUGAUACUGAAAUAGCCAAAAAGGUAGCAUCGAGACGUGAAUCGAUGGAUAUCCCUUCCAAAAACAGAAACAAUUUCUUCCUCAAGACUAGAAUGGAAAUCUCAGAAGAAGAAAGCUUCGCUAGAGCAUAUGGCAGAUGUGUCAAGAAGUGA